AGUUCGCGAGGAAGGAAAGACCCUCCUCGCACUUGAAGCGCCUGGCAUUUGCUUUUGGAAAAAGAGAAUACAAGAUAAAGGAGGAGACGGGAAGAAGCGGGGGAAAGAAGUGAGGGGGGAGAUAGAGGAAAAAAGGACGUGAACCGAAAGGGCUAGAUCGUGCAGGGAGCCCGAGGCGCGGGGGCGGCAGUGCGGAGCCAGGAGCGCCGCCGCUUGGGCAGGUGCCGCGGCUGCUGCCCGGAGGCGGCAUGUGACGCGCGGCCGCAGCUGCCCGCGGGCGGAGCGCUCUCGGACCCGGGAGCGCACACCGCGGGGCAAGUCGGUACCAUCCCGAAUCCCCACGAUCCUCCUCAGUUCGCCGGGGCGGCAUAGGCGCUUCUGGAAAGACAGGCGAUGAACCGAAGGGCGGCUCCGGGCAUGGGCGCGCGGUCCUAGGACACUCGCUUCCUGAACGCCGAGCGGGAGGCGACCAACGGACGGUGGACCGGGCGCCUCCCGCGCUUUGGGGAAGCGCAGACGACCGGCGUGGGACGGCCACCUGGAGCGCAGCGGCCAGGUCUGAACAGUGAUGACGCUUGUUUCAGUUAUGAGUCGCUCAGUGGACUGUGGAUUGACUGAACUGUACCCAUUCCCAUCAUGAUGUACACCACCAAGGCUCCUCACUACACCUGUUUCCUGAUUAGAGACGAAAUACAUGACAUUCAGAACUUCCACUAAGGUACUGUAAGCUUUUGUGGUGACAUGGCAUCUGGUUUUUUUCUACAAGGAGAGUUCAGCACACAGCACAGUCCUUGAUACAUUGGAUUGGUUUGAUGAUCCUACCUGGAACAGGAUAGAAAACUAACACAAGGCUAACUAAGAGGAGUACCGGGAACUGCAGGAGAAAAGCUUUUGGCUACUUUCCAGGGACUGUGCAUUUGUUUAACCAGAAUCUGUUUCAACACAUGUAAAGACUAUGUCAGAGAGUCACCAUGACCUUGCACAAUAACAAUACAACCUCACCUUUGUUUCCGAACAUCAGCUCUUCCUGGAUUCACGGCCCUUCCGAUGCAGGGCUGCCCCCAGGAACGGUUACUCAUUUUGGCAGCUACAACAUUUCUCGGGCAGCUGGGAAUUCCUCCUCUCCAAAUGGCACCACCAGUGACCCUCUGGGAGGUCAUACCAUCUGGCAGGUGGUCUUCAUUGCAUUCUUAACGGGCGUCCUGGCCUUGGUGACCAUCAUCGGCAACAUCCUGGUGAUAGUGGCAUUCAAGGUCAACAAGCAACUGAAGACCGUCAACAACUACUUCCUCUUAAGUCUGGCCUGUGCCGACCUGAUUAUUGGGGUCAUUUCAAUGAAUCUGUUUACUACCUACAUCAUCAUGAACCGAUGGGCUUUAGGGAACUUGGCCUGUGACCUCUGGCUUUCCAUUGACUACGUGGCUAGCAAUGCCUCCGUCAUGAAUCUUCUGGUCAUUAGCUUUGACAGGUACUUUUCCAUCACGAGGCCGCUCACGUACCGAGCCAAACGAACAACAAAGCGAGCUGGUGUGAUGAUAGGUCUGGCUUGGGUCAUCUCCUUCAUCCUUUGGGCUCCUGCCAUCUUGUUCUGGCAAUACUUUGUUGGGAAGAGAACUGUGCCUCCAGGGGAGUGUUUCAUCCAGUUCCUCAGUGAGCCCACCAUCACCUUCGGCACGGCCAUCGCUGCCUUUUAUAUGCCUGUCACCAUCAUGACUAUUUUAUACUGGAGGAUCUAUAAGGAAACUGAAAAACGUACCAAAGAGCUUGCUGGGCUGCAGGCCUCUGGGACAGAGGCAGAGGCAGAGAACUUUGUCCAUCCCACAGGUAGUUCUCGAAGCUGCAGCAGCUAUGAGCUUCAACAGCAAAGCAUGAAACGCUCAGCCAGGAGGAAGUACGGACGCUGCCACUUCUGGUUCACAACGAAGAGCUGGAAGCCCAGUGCCGAGCAGAUUGACCAAGACCACAGCAGCAGCGACAGCUGGAAUAACAACGACGCUGCUGCCUCCCUGGAAAAUUCCGCUUCCUCCGACGAGGAGGACAUGGGCUCGGAGACAAGAGCCAUCUACUCCAUCGUGCUCAAGCUUCCGGGUCACAGCACCAUCCUCAGCUCCACCAAGUUACCCUCGUCAGACAACCUGCAGGUGCCGGAGGAGGAGCUGGGGGCAGUGGACUUAGAGACGAAAGCCAGCAAACUCCAGGCCCAAAAGAGCAUGGACGACGGAGGCAGUUUUCAGAAAAGCUUCUCCAAGCUUCCCAUCCAGUUGGAGUCAGCCGUGGACACGGCCAAGGCCUCUGAUGUCAACUCCUCGGUGGGCAAGACCACGGCCACUCUGCCUCUGUCCUUUAAGGAAGCUACUCUGGCCAAGAGGUUUGCUCUGAAGACCAGAAGCCAGAUCACCAAGCGGAAACGGAUGUCCCUCAUCAAGGAGAAGAAGGCGGCCCAGACCCUCAGCGCCAUCUUGCUUGCCUUCAUUAUCACCUGGACCCCCUACAACAUUAUGGUUCUGGUGAACACCUUUUGUGACAGCUGCAUCCCCAAAACCUAUUGGAAUCUGGGCUAUUGGCUGUGCUACAUCAACAGCACCGUGAACCCCGUGUGCUAUGCCCUGUGCAACAAAACAUUCAGAACCACUUUCAAGAUGCUGCUGUUGUGCCAGUGUGACAAAAGGAAGAGGCGCAAGCAGCAGUACCAGCAAAGACAGUCAGUCAUUUUCCACAAACGGGCGCCCGAGCAGGCCUUGUAGGAUGAGGUGUGUUGUCAGUAGCAGUCACCAAACGCACACGUCAACCCACAGACCUUAGGAGGGAGUGAGGCGAGGGUGGGGGUGAUUUCUGGCGCUGAUAAGAAAAUGUCUUUAUCACCCAGAUGUGAAAGAAGCUGCCUGUUUACCGAUCCAUUAAAUAAAUCCAUUUUCAUAUCAAAAGUCAAACACCAAUUCAGCCAAAAAUAAAUAAAUAAGCCUAUUACUGGAUAUGAAGAAAUUUAUUCUGAAAUAGACUUUGUUUUUUCUUAACGAGAAAGAAAUAAUUGUUUCAUGGCAAUUAUAUACCCAAAUUGGUCUGCCUGGGCCUUUUCAUUCCCAUUAGCUCUGGAAUCUCGGUGAGGAUAACUAGCGGGCCCAGUUGCCCUGUUCUCCCCAAGGGUCCCCAAAGUGUCGAUCCACAUCCCACGUGGAACGCGUCAGGCCGGUGAAUCCGUGGUUCUGAAAUUCUUUCGUACGUUGCAAAGCCUCACCUUCUCGUCCCCGUAGAGCUCCCCGUCUUCUCACUGGUGUGUCGUUGAACUCUAUUUGUGGACUUGAUUCUUGCAGAGUACUGUUUUGUGCAGUUCAAGUUUCGUACAAAUAAAAGAUGCAUAAGUGUAUAUGUAUAUAUGUGUGUGUGUGUGUGUGUGUAUGUGUGUGAAUUCCACGCACACACACACAGUGUAUAUAAUAUAAGGGGAAUCACUGAACCGGCCAAUUAUUCCGGCAAUAUAUUCUUUCAGUACUUUGGUGACUGACGUUUCUCUAGGAUCCUAACACAACGUAAAAGUGAACUUAAACCCCGUGUAGUGUUUUGGAGACCAGGGCUGUUUUCCCGGAGACUAUGCAGCAGAGAACAGCCAGGCCCUCUGGGCAGGUCUGUGUGGAGCGGUCAGCCUGGUGAGUCAGAUGAGCACCAAGGUUCGACCAGACUCUGAGUAAGCUGUUACCUCUGUGGACACCCUCAACAGAGCUAAAUCGAAUGGGGGCCCCUCUGAGCUCUAAGAAUGAACCACAUCCACAUGUCUGAAUUUAAUGGUCCAAAUCUGAAUGUUUCCAAACAAAACCUUUGCUAUCUUACCUGCUUGAAACUCAGUAAUAGUGACACGUUUGAAUGGCAUACACAGCAUUACAUGGAGCAAAGCAGAAGAGACCUUCUGAGGGGCAAAGAAGAACACGAGAUUCGAUUUCUUGCUACUUGACGUAUUUAAAUGAAAAAGGGCUUACACCUUUUGUCACUUAGCUGGGGCCAGUACUUUCUGCCGUUCAUUGCGCAGCCUUUACCCAGGAAUGGGUGGGGUUCGUGAAGUCAUAAGUCCUCUAAAGAAAGUAUUACACUUUGAAAAGUAUUGCUUCAAAUUGAUUUCCUUAGUACAUUUCUAAAAAGUGAUUUUGUAUUCUCUUCUGAAUUGGCCCAAACGCUAACUGUUCUAUUGGGGGGAGGGGAGGGCUGCUGCUGUAGCCGUCGUCUGUGUUGCUGCUGUAGGUGUCAGGGUUCUUUUUUUUUUUCCUUUUGUGGGCUGUGUGGGGAGUGGGAGGGGUGGGAGGUGGGGGGCUGAGGAGAAAUCUUCCCUCUGUACAGGGUCUCCGUGGUGUGAACCCGGAGCCAGGGUAGAAGCUGCUUUUGUGUUCAGUGUGAGCUGGUGUUUACAGCAGAUGUUGACAACAGUGGAAGUGUACUCAGUGGUGUCUGUGUUUCUGAACUAUUUAAUUUUGUGUUAUGUUUAUAUGAAGAUGUAUUUAUGCAUAUUUCACCGAGUUCUAUUUAAUGUUGAUAAAUAUUACUCUUUAGUCUUCAGCAGGUGGUGUCCCUUGAAAGUGAUUCUUUAAGGUCCACUUGAGCAAUGGGUAGGGUAUAUCGAGCUUUCUUGUGGCUAAGAAGAGGAAAAAGUCAUCCUGUUGGUGCCAGGAGGUACCUAACUCUUUCUAGGUAAUUAAAAGUCAACUUUAACUUCAACAUAAUGGUUUAAUACUGUUCUAGUUAAACCUGAUGGGAACCGGUCAAAGCAACCCUCCACCAGUGUAUUUGAAAUCACAUGACAAGGGCAAAAAAAGGCAAAUUGGCAUAAUUGAAAGAAUUAUUUUUUUGGCCCACAUUCGACCAAAGAAUAAGAAAAAACAGAGACUAUUUUCUAACAUGUAUAGCAAACUACAGAAUGUUAUGUUAUUAACCUGUGAAAUGUCUAGUGAGCAAGUGCAUCUAUAUUUUAUUACUCACGUUGGCCUGGCACUAAUAAAUUUGUGAAUGCUGAUUCAAGUCUCCCUGUACAUCAGUAAUUCCCAUUCUCUUUGGAUCUCCUAUCUUGCCUCCCUCUCAAAAGACUGUUUCCUGUAUUUAAAAAGAAAUAGAAUUAAAUUUAAGAAAUGAAGAAACGUAAGCUUUAGCAGAACUGUGAAGGUUAAUAACAACUCUACUUAAACAUGAUUAUCUCCUCAUCCUUGUCCUUUUAUGAUGCUGAGAAUGGAAGAAAAGAAAGACGUCCAAGACGUCAGCUCUUCUGUUACUGGUUUAAUUAUCGAAUUAUUUUUAAAUCUCUUGUGAAUGAAAACUGCUUUUAAAUACUGUCUACUGACUCUGUUUAUAGAAAUGUAUGUCCAACUCUUAGGUCAUUUUCAGAAAAAGAAAAUAAGAAAAACAGAUUCUUUUGAGUUUGGAAAAUUUAGGAGUGUAAUCAAAGAUGUAGUGAAGUGUUUAAAACCAGACGUAGCUACACAUGCAUUUCUCAAAGGACUUGUCACUAGAAGAGGUAUUCAGCAUUUACAUGAGAUCAUCCCCCCAGAUGGGAAUCAAAUUGUUUUCAAUCCAUAUGAAUGAGGUUUGCAGAGCUUUCAUGAUUAUCCGCUUUAAUUGAGAAUAAAAUAAUCAAACCUAAAUAAACUACACGUGAAGAAAGCACCCCAACACACACACACACGCACACACGCACACACGUGUGCGCGCGCGCACCCCUGACUCUGUUCUCCCAUUCUCUAUUCUCCAGGGUCUACCAGGUGGAUAAGAGAAGUGAGCUUUCUGGUCCCGUAUUCCCCUUGGCUCUGCUCUCUUUUUUCCAUCACCUACCUGUAGUCUUUCUGCUGGUUCACCAUAUUGCCCUGAAUCAUCCUUGACUUCAAAUCGAGCCUUGAGUCUCCAGAUAAGUUCCAUUUCUACUUACUCUUUCACAUAUAAUAGUUCUA